GCCCAAGCAUCUACUACUGCUACUACCGCCUCAGCCUUGCGGCCCUGCCAUCCCAAUCGAAACCUUGAUUUCCCAAACACGUCCAUUCGCGAGCGGUUCUGUCACUGCGCCUGACCCGGCCCAAUACUUGCCCCUCGUUGCGACUCGACCACGGCCUCUUGGCCUCGAGAGCACGACGACACACCACACAACCCAUGGCGACCGAGGAAGGGCCAUCCCCCGCCGCCGCGGGCAACGCGGCAGGUGAAAAGAAGGACCAGAAGCAGCCGGCCAAGGCCCAGCCCGCAGCGCAAGGCGAGGCGGCCGCCGGCGAGAAGAAGCUCUCUAAUGCCGAGCUGAAAAAGAAGGCCAAGGAGGAAAAGGCGGCGAGGAGAGCGGCUGCAAAGACGACGCAGCCGCCUCCUCCCUCAGGCGCGCAGGGGGGUCCCUCGGAUGGCAAGGGCGGUAAGGGCAAGGGAAGCAAGCAGGACGGCCAUUCCGCGGCACAUCACCAUCGCGCCGCGUCCAAGUCCGUCCUGCCGCCCCCGGCCAUCAAGGACAACAAGCCCAAGAUCCCGGAAUGCUUCAGCCAUCUGUCCAUGGCGAAGCGGAUAUCCUACAUGCAGGCCGACAAGGACGUCCACCCGGCGGUCCUGAGGCUGGGCCAGCGGAUGGCCUGUUUUGUCAUCAGCGACAGCCUCACAAGAGUCGAGACGACGCUGCUGGCGUUCAAAAGGGUAAUCACCGACUACUCGACUCCUCAUGGCGCCACCCUCUCCCGACACUUCACUUCCCACGUCCUCAACCCGCAAAUCGAGUACCUCACAGCGUGCCGGCCCAUGUGCUUCUCCAUGGGCAACGCCAUCCGGUGGCUGAAGCUCCAGAUCAGUAAGAUCGAUAUCGACCUCCCCGACUCGGACGCCAAGAAGCUGCUGUGCGAGUCCAUCGACAACUUCAUCCGCGAGCGCAUCGCCCUCGCCGACAUGGUCAUCGUCAAGGAGGCAGCCGACAUGAUCGUCGAGGACGAGGUCGUGCUGACCUACGCGCACCACUGGCUCGUCGAGCGGGCCCUGAUCAAGGCCAAGAAGGACGGCAAGACCUUCACGGUCAUCCUCAUUGACGACCCCUUUGAGCGCGUUGGCCUCGCGCACGCCGAGAGGCUCAUCGCCGCCGGCAUCAGCGUCACAUACGCUACCGACUUUGGCGCCCUGCGCACCAACCUGAAGGAGGCGACGCUCGUGCUGACCGCCGCCGAGGCCAUGUUUAGCAACGGCGCCAUGUACGCGCGGGCCGGCACCUGCGACCUCGCGGUCAACGCCUCCGACUUUGGCUUGCGCGUCGUCGCCCUGUGCGAGACCAUCAACUUCACCGAGCGCGUCUCCAUCGACUCGCUCACGUACAACGAGAUCGACCCGGAGAACUUCACCGACGAGGGCUUCAGGCUGAUGUUUGACACGACGAGGGACAAGUACAUUACCGUCGUGGUGACGGAGCUGGGCAACUCUUCUGCCAAGUCGGUUCCCGCCAUUCUUAGGAAGCUAGAGGAGCUGUAAUGCGUCAUGGCUUGGAUGGACUGUUAGGGACCCAAUAGACGUACGCACGGCAGCGAGGACAGCGUUCAAAUGUAGCGUUGACACAGCAAUGCCCAUAUUGCGAACUCAUGACGGCGCAUUUUAGACGCUCAAAUCGGGCUGCACUGUGUAUCAAAGCAAAAGAAGGCA